GCCGAUCACCCUGGAGAUUGGACGAGAGCUCGUUAAUAUUUAUUCGCACCGUGCCGGCCACGUUUUCGCCCGUCCCAGAAACCGCCCGUCGCUUUUGCUCGGUUGUUUGUCACGGUUGCCAAGACCCAACGCCAGAGCUUCGCCUGCGGAUCAGUGAUCGUCAACCCCCGGCAAUUCGCAAGCCAACCUCCUUCGCGAACAUCGACGGUCGAAGCUCUGCCUGCGACAAUGGUCCUUUAACUGGCACUCGAGUGUCGCCGCUGGCCCAUGUGCCAUCAACAAUGACGGCUCCGCACGCCGUGGAAACCACCAACACGCCCUCCGCUCUGAUCUCUCUUCGUGCCGCGGAUCUUCUGGCCCUCGGAAAGCCGUUCGUCGAGUUCCCGCGUUACUCCAUCCUCGACCUCCAACGCGCCAUUGGAGUGUCCAACGCCGUGGGAGGUCGCGGCUCUGCAUACCCGAAUCGCACCGGCAAUCAUGUCUCAGCCAACGAUAGACCAACCGGUUUUGCGGACUGGCUGUCCGAGAAACUGCAGGCCGGACACCCUUUCGUGAUCCAGGACUUUGAGAAGCUACCUCAGUGGGAUAGGAGGAUAUUCUCGAUCGAGGGGCUGAUCGAACAUUCUACAAAGAAAAGUAUGGCGCUGGAAGCCCUUGAUUUAUUCUUCUCUGUUCCGUGGCGCUUCUGGAGUCUCCUUGCCUGUAACGAUUCUCAAACCGCGUCAAGGAAGGGUGAUUCAUCGGUACCACGCUGCCAUAUCCCUAUUCGAAACUGUAGCACGGGUAGAGACUUGAACUUCACUCUAAGGAAGUUUGCCGACGCGGCCCGUCAGUCAUAUAGGGAAUUUAAAAAUUUGUACGCGCGCGAUUUGCCAUGCCCGGAGGCUUGGUUGGAGCUAUGUCGCAAGUUACUGCCUCCCGAAGUGCAAUGGGCAGGCCGCUUGGAUCUCUUCCAGUGGCUGCCUCCCUGCGCGAGAAGCGAGGUCAUGAUGGCUUAUAUCGGUUCCGAAGGAUCCUCAUCAGGAUUUCACAGAUGUUUCUCGUCCACGGUUGCAUUGAACCUCUUAAUUGAAGGGAGCAACCGCCCGGUCCUCUGUUUCGGGACCGAUUUUGAGUCGCAAACAAAGUACGACACGUUCAUGGCCUCCAGAGGGGCUUCUCCCCACGUUGACUGGCUGAAUCUUGACCCAGAGGAGUUGAAACAUGCUGAUUUUCCACUGUAUGUCCAUGAACAGAAGGCAGGUGAUCUGGUGGUAUUUCCACCAGCUACGGCCCACCAGGUUUGGAAUCUCGGUUCUGUUGCUACUAAAAUCGUGUGGAAUAUAUUGCACCCUCUGUCACUAGAAGCUGGGCUUGUCUAUGUGCAGCCUCCAUUUAACCGACUCUGUCAUCCAGAUGUCGCGCAAUCAAACCUUUCGCUUGCAUGUGCCAUGUUGAGCUUGCUGGGAGAUGAUCCCAAGGCCCCGAUCCCACCGGACCUACAUCUCCUUACACGCCUCUUUCGCCAGAUGGUUCAAGAAGAAAUGAUUACAGAUGAACCGGUCACGUCGAUAACACUAGUGCGUGUUCCAAAAACGGCCAUUGUGACAUGCGACUUCUGCAGUACAGCCAUUUGGAAUCGCCAUUUGCGAUGCAGCGAGUGUGAAGACUUCGACCUAUGUCUCCUCUGCUUCUUAAACGGUCGAAGCUGCGAACAUAUUCGCAGCUAUUCGUGGGCCGAGAUCGUGCCAGAAGAGACUUGCGCCCGUGUCUUAGACCGUGCCCAGCAGAUUUUGGGCUACAAAUUGGAUGAUAGUCAAGCAUCGGACCGCCGUAAACCGUUGGGGACGGCCGUCAACGAUCUAAUGCGCGCUAAGCAGAAUACUUUGAGCAGACUAUGCCAUCUUUGCCGCAUCGAUCAUUUGGAGUGGAAGGGUCGGCGCUGCGAUCGUUGUGCGGCCUUCUUUUGUUUCCGCGGACUUUACCGCCAUUUUGAUAUGAACUCUGCAGAUGUUAUGCGUCACGCCGGACUGUGGAUCUGUCCCAAGUGCCUGGAAAACUGCAACUGUCGGUGCUGCCACUUCCCUUCCGCAUAUGUGAAGGCCGAAAAGCCAGCAUCGAAACGAAGGGUGAAACCUGCCGAUGCACGCGGAAAGAUAAUGGGGUUUACUGACAACGUAUUUGAUCAGAAGAGGAGGAAUAUGCCUUCUACUCCCGGGAAUUCCAACACAUCGGUGCCUCCCAAAGGACAGAAGCGCCCAUUGUCUACACCAUCGGCCAUGCAUAAUCUUCUACAAGACACAUCCGAGUACCCUAUCACCAAUUUGAAUAACAUGCCCCCCUUGAACCGCAGUUCCAAACGCUCGUCCGUCACACGUACAAACGAAAAUGAUAUUCCCCGACAGGCAGAUAGCGAACAAGGUCGCGCGAAGAUUCCUAGGCAACUGCACGGAAAUUCCAGAGUCAAUCAGCAGAUACGCGAUGAUGGCAAAACUCUACAUGGUAUAGAUUAUAUAACUCGAAUGCCGACCCCGGCAUCUCAUCACGUUUCGCUUCCCCCUCUCAAAUCCGGAUGCAGUUCAGAAGUCAUGGUGGACGCGGCCUCGUCUCCCACGAUGAAGCGACAUUCUACCGAUAUAGCCACCUUUGGAAAUGAUAGUUGCAGCAGGAAUGGCGCUUACACGACACCACACGGGAGAAAUAUUGACGGAGAUGACAAACACGACGUCAACCAUGACGCUCCCGCACCACUGACACCCAUAACCUUAAACCCACUCCAACCCCAGCCUCUAUCAUACACAGCUACAAACCCGAACCCCAUCCCGCUCUCCGGCCACCCUCCCUUCUCUCAAACCACCACAGCCGUUCCACCCACUCAGCUCCGCCCCACGACCACAAGCACUGUCACAUCCACAUCCACGUCAACGUCUACGAAUGCCCUCCAAACCCCCCUAACCUCCGUUUCCACCUCCACUUCUCCAUCUAGUCCGUCGCUCCCUUUCCUCGAAUCCCAACUGCACCGACUCCGGCAGUAUGCCGAAGAACUUCUCGCCCUCUCCAUGCACGACUCCCACCGCCUCCUUCAGCAAGAGAUUCGUCAACUGGAAGAAACCCUCCUAUUAGCAAAAAGGGAGCGGAGCGAGCGGCUCAUUCGCAGCCUAGAGACAGAGUUCCCAAACCUCGUUAACGUCAGAGAAGGUGUCAGGAGAGAAGGAGCAAGACUGGGCUACUUUUAAUCGAGUAGGCGUUUGGAUACCUCGUUUGAUUAGCCAGUUGGCUUUGAGACCUAUUUUGUCUUCUUUUCUUUCUUUUCUAUCUUUUAUUUUCUGCUUUAUUGCUUGCCCCUCGCAGCGCUUAGAAUACCCUGUUUCUUUCUUUCUUUCUUUCUCCUUUUCUUUUGGAUUAUACCCUGUCAAGGUUUACUCUCCCUAUUUUUGAUGAUCUUCGGUGAGUUACUUGUCGGCUUCUAUGAAACAGAGUUCUCCCCGGGUUGGGUUGGGGGGGGGGGGAGGAGAGACAAAAGGGACGGGGUUUUAAGGUGCUCCAUAUAUCCAUAUAUUCAUGUCAGCCACUCUGUUUCAGGAUAAAAUGAUGAGGGAUAAAGUAUGGACUUGGCAAACACUGGCUCCAGCGCACUGGCUUUUUUUGUUGGGGGGGUGUGGGAUACAAAGGAGUUUGGUUCUUUUUUGUUGUUUUUUCGUGUGUACUUUUACGUGGAUAACGACGUCCCCAAUCGAUGAUGUAUUAUGUCGACUUACAUCCUUGAGUUAUUAUAUUAUGUCCC